AUGUCUGAGAAAGAUCAAGCAGGUGUCACAGAUGGCAUUAAGACUAGUCUUCCUCCUGGCAUGCCGGCGUACAGGUGGACUAGCCUUAAUGUUGGCAUGUGCAAUACUCGUCGUGACGAAGUAUUCGUCGCAAAGUACGGCAGAACAUCCGGCUGGUCAUUCGGUCAGAUCAACAACGCCAUCACUGCCAUCAACCCUGCGCAGAACGAAGACUUUAACGAUGACGCUGCCUGCGUAGAUGGGUACGCGCAACGUCAGCAUGGCUAUUGUUGGAGUGUGGUGAAGAGGCGCAAUGUCCAUGGACCCUUUGUGGUCUCCGGUGACGCGGGAAGCAUUUACAUACAUGAUCCAUCGGCUAAGUGGCUAGGGCUUUUGUUCGACGGCACAGGUAUCGGUUCGGGUUUGAUGAUGUCUAUUGAUAUGGUUUUUUCGUGA